AUGUGCUGCAAUCCCGGAGGCUGCUGUAAUCUUCCCACAUGCAUUCAGUGUACCAACUUUUGCUUCAACUGCUGGACGGGCACGGCUGCUAUACCUUGCACCCGCAAAAUUUGCGUUCCUGGCUGUUUCUGCGGGCCAUGUUGUUAACCUGUGAUCCUCCUACGAGCAUCCAGUGCACCAACUUUUGGGUCAACUGCAGCACAGGCCCGGGUGCAACAAUCUUAACCCGAAAAAUUGGCAUUCUGGGUGUUCCGGUUGGUUACGUUGAGGUCACGGAAGCAUAAAGACUCGCUUUCGGUAUGGGAGACACGCAACGACCGGGAAAUUUUAGUGUCAACAUCCAUGAUCUCAUUACCGAUCGCAACGAUGUACUUUGAUCCCGGAAGUUGCUGUGACCCACCCACAAGCAUCCUGGGCACCACCUUUGGGGAUCUUAAUCCUCAAACCCGGAGGAUCAAUGCAGUAAUCUCUUCCCCCCCAGCAGUCAGUGGCCAAAUUUGGUUAACUGCGGUCGUGGAUGUUCCAGCAGACUCAAUUUCAUCAAAAUUAUAAAAUGUUAUAUCCAAAUUAAAACCAUUCCGAGUAGUAUAUCCUUAAA